AUGCAUUCCGGGACAUGGGUCAUUCAAAGCGCUACCACGAAGCGGAAUGCCCAACCCGCAACCCCUCCUGAGGGGCAGGGACUCGCUCAAAACACGCCACCCCGAAGGCAAAGCGAGAUCCUAAAACCGCAUUCCGGGACACGGGUCAUUCAAAACGCUACCACGAAGCGGAAUGCUCAACCCGCAAUCCGCCCUGAGGGGCAGGGACUCGCUCAAAACACGCCACCCCGAAGGCAGAGCGAGAUCCUAAAACGCAUCCCGGGACAUGGGUCAUUCAACAUGCUACCACGAAGCGGAAUGCCCAACCCGGAAUACGCCUUGAGGGGCAGGGACUCGCUCAUAACACGCCACCCCGAGGGCAGAGCAAGAUCCUAA